AUGCAACAACCUGUUCAACAAGAACGUUCACCAACAGAAUUUCUUAAUAUUGUUAUUGGAAGACCUGUUCUUGUAAAAUUGAAUUCGGGUGUAGAUUAUAGAGGAAUUCUUUCAUGUUUAGAUGGAUACAUGAAUAUUGCUCUUGAACAAACGGAAGAAUGGGUUAAUGGUCAACUUAAGAAUAAAUAUGGUGAUGCCUUCAUUCGUGGUAAUAAUGGUAUGCUAAACUUUAAAUAA